CGCGACGCACACGCACGCAGUCCGAACACUCGUGAUACCAACGAUGUCCGCCAUCGCCGGUUCCGUCUCCCUCUCCGCCGCCAAGGCUCGCGGCCUCGGCUUCAAGCAGUCCGCCCCGAUGGGCGCCCGGGUGGCCGCUGCUGUGCCCGCCCAGCCCCGUGCUCGCACCGAGCGCGGCGCGCUCAAGGUGGUCGCGGGCAACGACUACGAGGGCGGCCUUUUCGCGCCCAUCGUCGUCGUCGCGCGCAACAUCAUCGGGGUGAAGCGUUUCAACCAGAUCCGCGGCAAGGCCAUCGCCCUCCACUCCCAGGUCAUCACCGACUUCUGCAAGGAGAUCGGCGCGGACGGCAAGGUUCGCCAGAACCUCAUACGCACCGCCAAGCAGAACGGCGGCAAGCUCGGCUUCCUCGCGUAAAUUGACUUUUCCGGGGUAUUCUAUUCUUUGUCUGCUGCGUACAUAGCUUUUAGUCUUGGGGAUCGGGAUGGGGCGAAACGCACGAACCGUCGUACGGGGCGGAUACGACACGCGGCCGAGGAGCUGCCGUUCGCGCAACACGCGCGCGGGGUGGGGCGACGGGGGCGCAACCUCGCUGUAAAUGAGAAAUACACAUAUGCAGCGUG